AACCUCUUCAUACCUCCACCAAGAGACAAGUCACACUGCCUCUGCUUCCCAAUUGCACUCUUCGCUGCGAAUGGGACUACGCAUCUGCUUCUCGCACAUCUCAUUUCGUGCCGAGCGCAAGCAAGCCUUUCGCUCACCUUCAUCUGAGCUGCCGCCUGAUCAGCUACGUCAAACCUCUUGCCUUUUAUCAGAGGAUAUUCGUCCAGGUCACAGCUGCAACAACUUCUACCGAGCUCGCCAGCGGCCUAUAUAGGUCGGGAGGUAUAUCAAGAUGGGUCAUGAUCAAGAAGAUGACCCUGGCAGCUCAUGCUACAUCAAGCGAGAGCCGGCCGAUGAAGGUAUUUAUGCUUCUACACGGCGCGAGCGCACUUUCGCAGAGAUCUUCGGUCCUUUUGAGACAGAAUCUGGGCUUACACUGCAACCCAUGAUACAGUCUUCUGAUCCGAAGCCUACCCAUGCUCCGAGGUCACUCACCGCUGCUGAACAGAAAGAACUUGAUGAGCUUCUCGGCUGGGGUUCUGAGCCAGAACUGCCUCCUCAGGAAGACCAUUCAUUUUCUCAAUUUCUGUACGACGACGCCGAUACGCACCCAUCUAUUUCCGGUCAGCAACCGCCGUCAUUUGCGGAGUACUGUCGAGUUUCUCAACCAGAGAAAUCUGGACCACCAACAUCAUCGGUAAGUGCUUUACCCUCUGGCACGACCACGGCUAAACCACGACAGCAACCAUCACAAUCUGAUUGCUCUGCAUUGGCUUCCUCACUCGGAAAGAGACAGCGACCUUCGGAUCCAAGUGCGCCUCCCCCAGAUCAAGGAGAACAAUAUGCAGCGCUCACAUCACUUCUGGCGCAAUCUAAUAGCUCUGCAUCGUCACCAGGCAAGCGACAGCAACUUUCAGAGUCGUUGGCACCACCAGAUCUCCGAGAGCAAUGUAUAUCUAGAACAACGUCGCCAUCGCAAUCUGAUUGCUCUGCAUUGACUCCGCCACCAAGCAAGAGACAACGACUUUCGUAUCCAUCUGCGCCUCGUCCAGAUCAAGCAGAGCAACGACGUGAAUCGCGAACACCAUCGCCAGCCCAAUCUAAUGGCUUUGUAUCUGCGUCGCAAUCACCAGCAAGAUCAGAGACACCACCAACCCCAAUUGACGACGAUUUCGUUCUUUCGGAACUUUUCGGCGAUUUUGGACAAGAGGAAGUCUCAGCAGGGGUAGAGCACCGACAACGCCCUCUAGCUACCGACGUGAUAUCCCCUCAAAGUCAAACCCUCGUCGGCUCUCUUCAAGCUACGGAGAGAAAUCUCGCAAAACCCAUCCCAGUUGUAGAUCUCACCGACGAGCACGUGACAACUACCCGCUCUUUACUUAGCAACGACCGAAACAACCACGCAUUAAGAGCUUCAUUCCAUACACCAAUACCAUCGAUUGAAUGCAAUACCCGCGCCGAUUCGACACAGCCAACGACAUCAAGCAAUCCACGUGGCAGCCAGCCCUCAUCACAACCAAAUGCAAAUUCUGAAGCGUUCACUUACCGAGCAAAGCUUAACGACUAUCUCGCUCACAAGCAAGAGCACAAGGGUAAUCGUAGCAGCCACACAAGCAAAAACCCUUCACCAACCAGAUUCGAUCCUUCCAUGUUACACAAGUUCUCAACUUUCAUGAAACUUCGCAAUUCGCUGCCAAUCUCAGCAAUUAUGGCGAUGAUGGCACCCCCGAACCAAACCCAAGUCCUUGCAGCCCUUACAGAACUAUCCAGCUUAGAAAAAUCGCCUGGCGUCACUCAACCCGCGACCCAUGAGAUACCAGCUGAGAUGCGAGCAAUGCUCGAUAACCUCAAGCGGAAGUUCAACUCAGAUAAGUCGUUCUUGAAGUCGGUCAUUAUCUACGCAACUGAGCAGUUGAUCGGCAAUGAUCAAGGCGAAGGCAAAUCUGUCGACCGCGACAGCGUUCUCAGGAUCGGUCUCAAUGGACUGACUACCGUUGAAGAAACACGGGAGCAGCUUUUCAAAGAGCGGUCUCACUACCACGAAAUCUUAUCGAACCAGGAGUACGUGAUCAACCGCCUCAAAAAAGAAAUCGGUAAAUCAACGGCAUCCCUCACUCGCAACACUCCCGGCUACAAUCCCGGCACGUCUUCAACUACCCACCUUGCACCAACUUCCUCGCCACAAACCACCGCCACUGAGCCGCAGCUAGAGCUCAACGGCGAUGGGCCAAUCAAGAACAAUCCGUACUGGGUCUGUAGUCAUGUGAUGUUUGAUGGAUCUGGCUUGCCGUGUAAUGGUAUCAAUCAAGAAUGGUACCGUCCUCAUUCCCAGCGACAAGGUAUUGCGCCCAAAUGGACCCAGAGACAAAUCUGCGCCAAGUGCAGUCGGCCAAACAAAACCAAUCGCAGAUAUCUCACAGAUACCGAGGCCAGGAUGUUCAGCACACUUUUUGCAACUGGCCAGCAAAAGCAGGUACCCGCCGCCACGGUCCACCAAACUAUGCUCCAGCCGGCAAUGACGCCUCCUAUGGCCCAGUAUCCCAUGGUACAAUGGAUGCCUGCGAUGAUAUCUCCAUUCGUUCAGCACCCCAUGAUGCAACCAAUGCCUCCACUUGCCCAGAACCCAUUGAGACAAUCGACGCCAGCCUAUACGUCGCCGUAUGUUGCUCAAGCUGCGCCUGCUCCUCGAAAGCGAAAUGAAACCGCACCAGCCCCGCCUUCAAAGCCUCACCCCGGAUUCGCCAUAACACCUGCGGUACAACAAGCGAUCCGCCGUGAGUUGCCAAUGAAAGAAUGGAUGAAAGAAAAGGGGACUAUUCAGGUACAAUCUGAUGAAUCCGGUGCAGCGGACGACGACAUGGCAUCACUGUUUGGAGAAGAUGAAGAAGUCAGUAAUGCAGACUUGGAGGCGGAACUUAUUGCAGCACUUGACGAAGCUCUUGCUUCUUAAAUGUAAUUAGAUUCUCUCGAACAAUGAAAAUUGCACUUGCACAAUUUCAAAUUUGGAAUCCAC